UUCGAUCAUGGCGUCUCCUUUUGGUCCAAAACAAAAUUUGAUGCAAGUCAUUAAGUACACUGGAUCUGAGACUGAAUUUUGCACGAAUGUAAAAGGACAGACGGUCAUUGUGAAUUGCAAGGAAGGAGUCCAUAAUCAUGGGAGUUCUAAAGUGAAAUUGAUGGACAGAAUUGAUUACAAUUGGGAAUUUCACUAUUACCAUGGUCACCUAGUUGCUGCUCAUAUAUCUGGCAAAGUAAUUGCUUAUGGAAUGAAAGGGAAAGAUGGUGGAAUGGUCAGAGUAACUAAUCAAGAGACUAAUCAUAGAACUCUUAUAAAAAACCUCAAGGAAGAAAUUAAAGAUGUGUCUUUUGCCUUUUCUAGAGAGGAAAUCAUUUUAGGUUGUGUUGACAGUGAAGGAAAUAUUCUGAUUUAUCAGAUUGAUGAUUCUCCUCAAUCAAUAUCAUAUACAUUGUUGUUACAUGUUUAUCACCAUGAGAACCGAAGACCAAAUCCUAAUUAUAGACUGAUUUGGUGUCCUUAUUUACCAAGUUUUGAUGAUGAUGGAGAUUCCACAGAUGAUCCUGAAAAAAUGUUUGUUGUUCUGAAUGGCAAUAAAGCUGAAGUCUACAAUGUUGCCAUGCUGAAAGAUAAGUAUGACCAAAAAACACCUAUUGAUCCUGAUGAAACUUGUGAAGGUUACAUUGAGAUAAAUUAUACAUCUGAGGUUGUGGAUGCAUCUUUUUCAUCAGAUGGCACUGCUGUAGCUAUUGCAUCCAGUGAUGGCUAUGUUAAGUUUUUCCAGUUGUACAUGUUCGAUGAAGAGAAGCAGAAAUGUCUUCAUGAAUGGAGACCUCAUGACAAUGCACCACUUUCGUGUAUAAUUUUCAUCGAUAAUGUUCUAGAGUAUAGUUCUGAAUGCUGGAAAUUCACAAUUACCGGAGCAAACAACAACUCCGAAAUCAAAUUAUGGUCGUGCGAAAGUUGGACAUGCCUUCAAACCAUACAUUUCAAACCAAACCCUUCCAGCCUCAUCUCUGGAGUUUACCUCAAUGUGGCCAUAGAUUACACUGGCCAAUACUUGGUGAUUUCCAACGUCAAUGAUAGAGUUAUUUAUGUCCUCCAGUUGAAUAGGAACGAUAAAGAACAAAUUGUGCACGUCACAACACUUGCACAGUUCUUGUUACCUGCCCCAUUUCUCAGUUUCCAUAUCCUUGAAGCAGGUAGGCGUACGAUACCGUUUUCUUACAACAAUAGCAAUGAGGAUUUGUAUGAUGAUCGAGAGGACUAUGAUGAAGAAACCGAAAAAACAGUAACAUGUUUGAAGAUGUUAGUAAUACAGCCGAAAAAGUUCCAGGAGUGUAACAUAAUUUUCCAACCAGAAAAUAUGAUGUACGACACUUUGAACUUGGCUAAAGAAGUGGAGAAGUCUGAAGAAAAAGAGAAGGUUCCCAAGCUAGAUGAUUUACAAGAAUCAGUAACUCAACUGAUACAAAGCAACUCGAAUAAUAUGACAUUGAUGACACCAGAUGAUUUUACAUCUCCUGGACACAGGUCCAGGCCUAACAGUGUAAGGAAUGAUGUGAACACAUCUCUCGAAAAAACUUCCAAUGAUAUUAAUGAACCUGUAGUUGAGAACUUGAUCGAUUUCCAGAGACCGCAAAAGGACAACUUUGCUAGCGGUGGAUCAAGUCCAAGCAGAGAAGUGCAAGAAAUACUGUCUUUAAAUAAUUCAACUUAUAGCACUCAAAACUUCUUUGAUGAUUUAUCUAAACUUCAGGAUGAACAGGAAGAACCUCAGAAAGAAUAUGCCAACCAGAAUGACGGUUUAACCUACCAAGAGAAUGGAAGUUCCGAAAUCGUUUGGCCUUCUAUUCCUGUUGUUAAGGAGGAUGAUAUCAUCAAAGACGGAAAUUUAAGGAAAGAAUUGAGAUUGAGUUCAAGGGAAGAACAGUCCCAAAUACAAACUCUUACCUACAGAAUCUCUAGUUUAGAAAAUACGGUGAAGACACAAAAUACUCAUUUACAAAAAUUACAUCAAGACAUGAUGCGCAAAGAAGAGUUUAUCAAUGAAAUUGACUGUGCCAUGUCGGAGCAACAUCUGCGGAUUGCGAAGAUGUUGGAAAGUCUAAUCACUUUACAGAAAACUAAGGAUCAGGAGUUGAAAGAACAGAUUGUAACGGCAGUUACUCAGUCCCUUGUGAAAUCGUUGAGUGACAAAAUGCAGCAAAUUGUGUCACAGGAGAUGAAACAUAUAUUACCUUCAAUACACAAAAUGAUUGAAUCAUACAGGACCCAAGUUGAUGCACAGUUCACACAGAAAUUGGCUAAUACGGACAUGAUGCUUAAGGAAAAUGUUUCCAAAGCUUUCAAUAGUAAGGCUUUGGCAGAUACUCUGAGUAAUUCUGUGGUCAAUAUCGUAGCCCCAAGUCUAGAAAAAUGUUAUCGUGAUAUCAUAUCUUCCUCCUUGAUACCGUCUUGGGAGAGAGUUUGUGGACAGAUGUUUCAGCAAAUCAAUGAAACUUUCACCAGAGGUACCAAAGAAUAUACAGCUUCUGUAGAGAAUUACAUGGAUAGGCAGAGAAGGGUUCAAGAAAAAGGGAAAGAUCUCAUUGUUCAGAUGCAAACCGUUUCCGAGAAUAUGAAAACGAAUGCAGAUAAAUUGACGAACAACUUGACAUCUGAAAUAACCAAACAGUUCAGCGUCGUGUUCAAGAGUAUGCAAGAAAAGUUAAUUCUGAAUAUAAAUGACGUAGUGACCGAUCAAGUGAAGCAGGGCUUCAAAAAUCACGCUACAGUUAUAGAAGAUAGUGUUAUGAAUGCAGUGCGUUCUAGGGCUGUGACGCCAUCUCCUCAUUUGGACACGCAUGUGGUAUCCCUAGGUCAAAUCCAACAGUGUUUAUCAAAAGGUGAUUUUGAUGAAGCAUUCCAAUUGGCGCUCAGUGCAGAAAAUCUGAGUUACGUUAUAUAUGUGUGUGAACGGGUAGACGUUCAAACACUAUUUGGAGAGGAGUGUGUACUUCAGCAAAGCUGCCUUUUGGCUUUAAUACAACAGCUCAGUAUGGAUCUCAAUAAAAAUACUGAGUUAAAACUAAGCUUUAUUCGUGCUGCAUUUCUGGCACUAGCUCCCAACUGUGUAACAUCGAAACAUUUCAUUCCGAAAGUGUUGAAGGAGUUGCUGAAACAACUGAACAAUUUCAUUCUAUCAAAUCCACCUCUAACCCAAUCAAAGGAGGCGAAACUCCUCAAAAUGGCUGUGGAGAGUAUGUUGGUGAAGUGAGAUGAUUAUUGAUUCCUAUAGUAAUAAGUUCAGGGUGAUCGUUAAAUUAUAUAUUGGCAACACAGCUUUGGCCCAUCUUCGUAAAAAUCAUGAGAAUUUCCAAUUAUGAAUUUGCCUUGAGGAUUGAGUCUGUCUUAUAGAUCUCUUAUAAAUCAAUAUCAACAAUGAUCACCAAUCAUAGAAUAUGUUGUUUUAUUUUUAUAUUUGUUUUGUUUUUGUGUAAUAUGACUCAUUUUAAUUUUAUAUUCUGAUAUUUGUUAUCUUAAGAUUCGACUAAGACUGCUAGGUCAUUACUGUUUUAAUAAUGAGAGAAGUUUCAAAAUAAAACUUGU